UGUUAGGGGUAGAUCUAAGGGUAGGUCUAAGAACCCUAAGCAAAAUAGUCAGGGUAAGAACGCUAGUCAGCCUGGGAGGAAGAGGAGUAAAUCUAGGAAGAGAGUGUGUUACAAUUGUGGUAACACUGGCCAUUUCAUUAAGGAUUGCCCCCACCCUAAGAAGACCGAGCAUGCUAGUGUAGCUGUUGAUAAAUGUGACCUUGGUGAUAUUUUGAUGGUUUGUGACCAUGUUAACUCUGUGAGAAAUUCCCUGUCUGAGCAUGAAUGGUUGAUUGACUCUGGUUGUACCUAUCACAUGUCCCCCUUUAGAGAUUUGUUUUCUACAUAUGAAUUAUGUGAUAGUGGCUACGUUUCCUUAGCUGAUAAUAAGAGAUGCAAUGUGCUUGGUGUUGGUGAUAUAUGUCUGAAAUUUUCUUGUGGCUCUGUGUUUACCAUUAAGAAUGUGAGGCAUGUCCCUGAUUUGUGUCAUAACUUGUUAUCUGUUGCUGCUUUGGAGAGUAGUGGGUUACAGGGAAAAUGGGGGAAUGGUUGUAUGAAAAUCCUGAAAAACUCGCUUGUGUUGUUUAAAGCUGAGAAGGUGAAUAACCUUUAUGUGUGUCAUGCUAAACCUUUUGCUGAAUCUGUGAAUGUUGUAUGUUCUGAUAAGACCUCUUUGUGGCAUAAUAGGCUAGGACAUAUGAGCAAUAAGGGUUUAGAUGUCAUGCGUAGGGCUGGUUAUUUUGGUAAGGACUCUGUGACUUCUGUGCCUUUCUGUGAAUCAUGUGUGUUGGGCAAGCAGCAUAGAGUCAGUUUCCCUCCUUCCUCUUACCCUAAUCUGUCUAAGUGUUCGUCUGUGCUUGAAUAUGUUCAUGCUGAUGUUUGGGGUCCUGCCAGUGUUCCUACCCACGGGGGUAGGAAAUAUUUCCUUUCUAUUAUUGAUGACUUUUCUAGGAAGGUGUGGGUUUGCCUUUUAGAACACAAGUCUGAUGUGUUUGUGAGGUUUAGGGAGUGGAAAACCCUAGUUGAAAACCAAACUGGCAGGAAGGUUAAAACCCUUAGGACCGAUAAUGGGUUAGAGUUCUGUAAUAAGGAGAUGGAUAAGUUGUGUGUGGAUUGUGGGAUAAAAAGGCACAAAACUGUGCCUUAUACUCCCCAACAGAAUGGGAUAGCAGAGAGAAUGAAUAGGUCUCUGUUGGAUAAGGUUAGAAGCAUGUUAGCUACCUCUGGUUUGUCUAAGAAAUUCUGGGGUGAAGCAGUCACUACUGCUGCCUAUUUGGUUAAUAGGUCCCCGUCUGUCCCUCUUGGUGGUAAGUGUCCUGAAGCCGUCUUUACCGGUAAGCCUCUUGAUCUGUCUAACCUUCGGGUGUUUGGUUGUGCAGCGUAUGCACAUCAACAGGGUGACAAGUUGGAUCCUAGGUCUAAGAAGUGUGUCUUCCUAGGUUAUCCAGAGGGGGUAAAGGGUUACAGGUUAUGGGAUAGGAACCAGGUAGGCUUUAAAGUGGUCCUUAGCAGAAAUGUGGUGUUUAAUGAAACUGAUUUUCCUUGCUUGACCGAGUCUGUUUCUAAUCUUGAGUCUAGGUCUGAUAGUACUCCUAGUGAGGUGGAGUCUGUCCCUGUUGCUGCUAGUCCUUUAUCUGUUGAUCCUGUUAUCUCUGAUGAUAUUGUUAUGCAUGAUUCUGAUUCCUCUGAGCAUGAUAGUCCCACCACCUCGAGUGAGGUGGAGCAUUUGCAUGAUACUGAGCAUGAUUUGCAUGAUAUGGGUGCUGAAUCUGAUUUUCAUGAUAACAAUAAUUUGCAUGAGUUGCAUGUGGAGCCUAGUAGUGAUAAUUUGCAUGAUUAUCAACUUGCUAGAGAUAGGAGUAGAAGGGCUAUCAGGAGAACUGCUGAUAGU